CUGUUAUUAAUUUCAUCAUCAUUAUCAUGACUUCACUUAUUCCUUCUCUCCUUACCUUCUUCCUCCUCCUUGCUUCGGCAUCUUCACUUCACCGUUUUCAACCUGCAAACUCCCCUGCUCCGGGUUCAUCUUUUGAAGAGAAGACAAGACUGGGAUCGAUUCCUCCAAGCUGCCACAACAGAUGCAACGGCUGCCACCCUUGCAUGGCGGUUCAAGUUCCCACAUCGCCCGGCAGCCACCACGACCGCUUCAAACCAGGAGCAGCAGUCACGAGUCCCAUGCAGUUUUUUGACCCAUCAGGUAACCAAUACUCCAAUUACAAGCCUCUUGGUUGGAAAUGCAGCUGCGGUGAUCACUUUUACAACCCUUGCAAAAUUAAAUAAAGCAUUGUUAGUUGUUUUUCAAGCUUCUGUAUUAUUGUAAAUCCUUC